CUCUCAUUAGCUGUUGUGGCCUUCCUUCCUUCCUCUAUUUUAUAUAAUGUCAGCCUCCCAAAAACACACCACCUGCCAAAAGCACUCCAUAAUCUCCGUCGAUUGCCGCACGCGCCAAUGGCCUCCCGCUUCCGCAACCUCUUCUUCCACCGCCUCCUCCUCCUCUGCCUCCCGUCCCUCGCGGCCGCCUCCGCCCGCGUACCCGCCCUCAUCGUCUUCGGCGACUCCACCGUGGACGCCGGCAACAACAACCAGAUCCAGACGGUCCUCAAGAGCAACUUCAGCCCUUACGGGCGCGACAUCGCCGGCGGCCGCCCCACCGGCCGCUUCUGCAACGGCCGCCUCGCCACCGACUUCAUCUCGGAGGCCCUCGGCCUCCCGCCGCUCGUUCCGGCGUACCUCGACCCCGACUACGGCAUCAAAGACUUCGCCCAAGGAGUGUGCUUCGCGUCCGCCGGCACCGGGCUCGACAACGCCACCUCCGACGUGCUGUCGGUGAUUCCCUUAUGGCAGGAGGUGGAGUACUUCAAGGAGUACCGGAGGAGACUGGGGAGAUACGUGGGGAAGGCCCGCGCCAUGCACAUCAUCCGGGAGGCGGUGUACAUCGUCAGCAUCGGCACCAACGACUUCCUCGAGAACUACUACUCCUACGUGACCGGGCGCUUCAGGGAGUUUAAGGUCGAAGAGUUCGAGGACUUCCUCAUCGACCGCGCCGCCGACUUCCUCACCGCCAUCUACACCGUGGGCGCCCGCAAGAUCUCCUUCACCAGCCUCGGCGCCAUGGGGUGCCUUCCCCUGGAGAGGACGACCAACGUCCUCCACGGCGGCGACUGCAUCGAGGAGUACAACAAGGUGGCCAGGGACUUCAACGUCAAGCUGCAGGCUUUGAUCCACAGGCUGUGCUCCUCGUUGCCGGGGCUGAAGCUGAGAUAUUCUCCCGUCUACGAUGGCUUGCUUCGUAUCAUCCAGAACCCAUCCGCCUACGGGAUCGAGAAUGUGGCCGAGGGAUGCUGUGCGACGGGGAAGUUCGAGAUGGGGUAUCUGUGCGAUCAGUGGAAUCCAUUAACGUGUAAGGACGCGGACGAGUACAUUUUUUGGGAUGCUUUCCACCCCACCGAGAAGAUCAACCGGAUGAUGGCACAGGCAACGCUGAGGACGAGCUUGGCGGAGUUCAUAUGAAGGGUAGUACAUGUAUAGCAGUAUGAGAUCGUCUCCUUCCUCAUUUAUCAUUCACCAAUUUGAGAGGACAGUUUUGAUUCAAUAAUUCAUAUGCAUAAGCGUUUCA